AACCACAGCUGCUGCUGCUCCUGGUGGUGGUGGAGGUGGCAGGGCAGAGCAACAGAGGCCGAGAGCUUGCUAGAGGUGGGGGUCGAUGCAGGGGACGACGACGACGAAGAAGAAGAAGGGAGAAGGACGGGGAGGCGGACGAGAAGGAGAAAAGACACGCCUGAUUGGUUACUUUUCUUGAGCGACAAGCUUUACAGUUUGCGGAGUUUUGAGAUCUGCAGGAAAAGAUGAGCGGCUGGUCGGGACAUAUUCGCGUCACGAUUGGCGCUUUGCUCGGUGGGCUUCUUGGAUUCUAUGUCAUGCAUCACGCCGAGGCCGCGUACAAGGAGAAGAUGAAAGAGGAGUACGUGAAGUUGAGGCAGGAGAAGCUUGCACAAGAAUUGGAAUUGGCGAAGAACAGUGGAGAGAUUCUUCAAGAUUCAUGAUUAGCGAGAGCUUAGGGCCUGUAGAGUCUUCAUCGCACAGGGAUCAGACAUCGAGCGUAGAGUAGCGGUUCCCGAGCUCUUGUGGAGUGAUCAUAGCGGAGUGAUAUCCGAAUUUAGGAUUGGUCUUGGUCCUAUGAAGUGAAAAUGCUCCUACAUUUUCAAGAUUCAGCGAAGCUUAAAACACGAAAUGUCGCUUUUGAAACUUCCUAUUAUGCCCGUGACUCUAUUACUUUAAGUCAGCUAAGGGAUUUGAGCAGCAAGCGGAGGGCGAUCGAAGAGUCCAUCAAUGGAAGCAGCCAUCUCACACCGGCAAUUGCCCGGGAAAUGGCCGGGGGAGUCACAUCUCCAAUUGCGCAGGAUUUGCUUAAACUGGAGGGUUACCUGCCUCUUCUGGAGAACCUAAUAGAAUGUGUUCAAGCUGAGAUAAAUAAUAAGCCUCAAGUGCGGCAAUGGACCGUCGAUCUUCGUUUUCGUUGGACCAGCCCUUUAAGUGGUUCAAGCGUCAAUCCCUUAUCCGGACCCAAGUAUUAUCGAGUUGAUGAUCUUCGUUAUGAGCUGUGCAUGGUUCUGAGCCUCUUCGGUGCUCUUUUGAGGGAGAGAGCACUGGAGAUUCUGCCAGUAGAUUUGAUAAAGGCAGCACAGCUCUUUAGGCAGGCCGCUGGAGUGUAUCAACAUAUGGCCGAGAAAGUUCUCCCGGAUUUGCAACCGGUUCUCGCCAUUAGUGCUGACAGGCCACCUGAGGCAACCGUAACGAUGGCUACAAUUAUGAGUAUCGUAUGCCUAGCAGAAGCUCAGGCGGUGACAGCUCGGAAAGCAGAAGAGAAGGGCACAAGUGGGAGUCUUCUCGCGAAGCUUCACUACGGGGUUGUACAGCUCUUGGAUGAAGCUCUUAACAUUCUGCGAGAAAGAGAUUCUGAGUCAACGGAUGUUUCUGAGAAGUUUCGGAGAUUUCUGAACCUGAGCAAAGUACUUCACGAAUCUCGUAGUCAACGCUAUAUAGCUGCAGACUUUCGCACCGAAGAAAAACUUGGCAUGGCAGUUGGUGUCCUUCGUCAUUCUAUGAAUCGUGUGCAGAUGGUUAGACCUCCAUAUGAGGAUGUUUGGAAGCCCGUAUAUAGACAGGAGAUUGAUGCAUUAGGGCAAAUGCUGCGAAAAUGUGAGCAGGAGAAUGAGUUCAUCUGGAGAGAUAAAGUUCCGCGAGUGGACGAGUUGCCUAUUCUUGAAGGGAAAAAGCUCGUUAUGGCCUCACCUUAUCAAGCAUUUGGGCUUGAUCGUGAUUUUGUGUUUGUUACAUAACGCACGUCAGUGCUUCACUUUGUGCAUUAUCAAAAGUGGUUUUAUUGAUCAGUAUCCUGUAAUGAGGCAUCGGGAUUCCGAAGAACGAUGAAGGUUGGACCGAGAAGAAGAUCAGAGCAUGGAAUCAAUUCACGUCAUACUUCCAUUCUCGGAACUUUAAGGCUACUUGUAUUAAGACUUUGGAUAUCGUGGUUGUUUAACCACAGAACCUAGGUGGUCGCUACAGGAAGCGGGGGAUAUUCUAGAACUGAGUUUCCCUCCAGCGAAUGAACGUUGUCAAAGGAAACUAAAAGCCACGCACGUUAGCUGUUCUCCGUCUCCACGGAGGGACGAAGUGGACAACUGUAACCACCUGGUGACGAGGAUUUUGGAAGGAUCGGGAUGAGUGUGUAAUGUGUGGGUGAAUAUACUCCCCAACAGCGGAAACCAAGACAAGUUUAGGACAAAAAUAGGGACGACAUUCUGAGUUUCACCGAGAUAAAUGAGGGGAGUCAGUUUCAAGGUGCUAUAGAGAGUGGGUUAAAGGGAGAUUACUGUAAGCUAUUCAUCUUUUUCUGUCAAGCCUAGCAGUGAUUUGUCAUACGAAUGCUAGGUGUCACAUUCAUGACAUUUUUUAAGAUGGCAGAGUUCAUCGCAUUAGAGUCAAUCUAGUGUCCCUGAGAUUCAUAUAUUUUCCAAAUAUCUGCAAGCUGAAGAUUCCCCAUGGGAAGCGUCUGGAAACAGGUGACACUGAAGAUACUUCUGUACAUCUGGAUAGUAGGAAAUGUAUAGAUCUGCGAACGCGAAAGUAUUUGUGAGAUUACCUUUGCUCGUUCA